GACAUACGACUAGUGUGCGUUCAGUCGCUAUCGUGGACAUACGUUUUCUGGUGAUCAUACUAAAUUCGUCAAAACUGUUGAUUGCGAGUGACGACGUUUAACCUCAAGUAUUUUCUCAGUAUAUAUCGUGAAAAUUCAUAUUAGUGUCAGUGAAUACAUAUUACAAAGUGAGUGAUGGAAAGCAAAGAGGACACAUUCAGGGUGAAGGAAGAGCCGAACGACGAAUGGCCCGAAGCAGGCGACGAACACAAUUUUGACUCGGUGGACUCUUGCACAGUUAAAAAUGUGGAAACUCAGGCAAAAGACGCGAAAGAUACUACUGUGACACAACAGGAUAAGUCAGGUGACAAAAUACUCAUAGAAUUUGAGUGCAAAGGUGUUAAGCCAGAGCUGAAGGAUUUAUCAACAACCAUCUGCAAAACGGAGCCUCAAAGUCGUCAAUCUGUUGUAAAAAUAGAAAAUCAAAAUCAAACAGACGAGGAUCAUGAAAAAAUAUUUAUAGAAUUUGAGUGCAAAGGCGUUAAGCCAAAGCUGAAGAACGUACCAACAACCAUCUGCAAAACGGAGAAUGAAAGUAGUCAAUCUAUUACGAACAUAGAAAACGAAAUUCAGACUAAUUCUUUGAUCGAUAAAGAUUUAGUAAUUAUAAUAAAAAAAGGAUUUGAUUACGAUAAUAAUUGUCAAUUUGAAGAAAAAUACCAAUUGAAGCUUGACAAAUUCAAGAAGAUGAAAAUACUUGAAAAAAAGACUCGAACUAAAUUAUCACGUCAGAAUAAUUUGUAUCGAAAAACUCAUAAAGAAGAAGUAAGUCUGGAACCAAAUAUCAGUACAGGAAAUAAGAGCAUUAAACCUUUUGAAUGUAAGAUUUGCCACAAAUCAUUUGGACUAAAAGGUAACCUCAAAGCUCAUGUAUAUUUAGUACACGAUCGCAAAAAAACCUUUGAAUGUGACAUUUGUCACAAAUUCUUUGGAUUCAAAAGGGACCUCAAUAGGCACGUAAAGACAGUACACGAUCGCAGCAAACCCUUCCAAUGUGAAAUUUGUAAAAAAUGGUUUGGACAAAAAGGUGAUCUCCGUAGACACGGAAAGCAAGUACACGAUCGUAACAAACCCUUCGAAUGUGAGAUUUGUCACAAAUCAUUUGCACAAAAAGAUCAUCUCAAACGGCACGUAAACGUGGUACAUGAUCUUGUAAAACCCUUCGAAUGCGAGUUAUGUCCCAAAUCAUUUGCAUACAAAAAUCGCCUCAAAGAUCACAUAAUGUCAAUACACGAUGGUAAAAAAUCCUUUGAAUGUGACAUAUGUCACGAGUCAUUUUGGUCUCAGCGACGUUUCGCAACUCACGCCAAGACAGCACACACUGGUUACAAACCCUUCAAAUGUGAGAUUUGUCAUAAAUUAUUUGGCCGCAAGGAUGCUCUCAAAGAUCACAUUAAUUAUGCACAUAAUCGUAGAGAGCGGUUCGAGUGUGACAUUUGUCUCAAAUCAUUUAAAAUAAAAACUUAUCUCCAAACUCACAAAGAUGUAGUACAUGCCGGUAGCAAACCCUUUGAAUGUGACAUUUGCCACAAAUCAUUUGGAUUCGCAAGAGUAUUUAAAAUUCACGUAAGUACAGUACAUAAUCAGGAAAAACCCUUUAAGUGUAAAAUUUGUCCAAAAUCAUUCGGAGAAAGAGGUACCCUCGCACGACACGUUCAGGCAAUUCAUAAUCGUACUAAACCCUUUGAAUGUGACAUUUGCCACAAAUCAUUUAGCCGCACGAGUGGCCUCGAAAGGCAUCUAAGUUCAGUACAUCUUCGUCGUAAACCUUCCGUAAAAUAAAUCAUUUAGACAAAAAUUUUAAAUCUAAUAUUACAUUAUUAAAGCGAAUAUUUCGAGUGUGAAAUUUUUCACUAUUUAUUUGAAUUAAAUGAUCGCCUCAAAAA